GGGGGGGGCCCGGCCCGGCCCUUCCCCUGGCCCCCGCGCCCCGAGGAUGGCAGCGCUGCCCGCACGAGUGGCUGGCGGCGGUGUCCCUCCUCUUUUUUUUUCCGGCAGCGGCGGCGGCGGCGGCAGCGGCGGAGGAUCAUUGUUGUGUGGGAGGAGGGCGGCGGGGAUGGACUUGAUCUCUCGGGUCUCCUGCUAAGGCGGCAGCACAGCGCGCCCCGCCGCCCAGCCAGCGCCGCGCCGGGCAGGGAGGGACCGGACCGGCCCCCCGCCCGCUCCCUGGCUCUUUAUUUUUAGGGGGCUCUGCCGCUCCUCUCCCUCUCCCUUAUCUCCCCCCCACCCCCUCCCCGCCCGCACACACGCACAGGGACACGCACGCACCCUCCUCCGGUGCCCUUUCAUCCUUCCCCCCGCCGUCCUCCCGCGCCGUCUCCUGCCGCGGCAGAUGCGCCGCGGGUCACCUCGCAGCUGGGACUAUGGUGAAAUUUCCAGCGCUCACUAACUACUGGCCCCUGAUCCGGUUCCUGGUCCCUCUCGGCAUCACCAACAUCGCCAUCGACUUCGGGGAGCAGGCAUUGAACAGGGGCAUUGCUGCUGUCAAGGAAGAUGCUGUGGAAAUGUUGGCCAGCUAUGGGCUGGCUUACUCCCUGAUGAAGUUCUUCACGGGGCCGAUGAGUGACUUCAAAAAUGUAGGUCUGGUGUUUGUGAACAGCAAGAGAGACAGGACCAAAGCAGUUUUGUGCAUGGUUGUGGCUGGCGCUGUAGCUGCUGUAUUUCAUACUUUAAUAGCAUAUAGUGAUUUGGGGUAUUACAUUAUUAAUAAGCUGCACCAUGUGGAUGAAUCAGUGGGAAGUAAAACUCGGAGGGCCUUCCUUUAUCUUGCUGCCUUCCCUUUUAUGGAUGCCAUGGCAUGGACCCAUGCUGGGAUUCUGCUGAAACACAAGUACAGUUUCCUAGUGGGAUGUGCCUCCAUCUCAGAUGUCAUAGCUCAGGUUGUUUUUGUAGCCAUUUUGCUUCACAGUCACUUGGAGUGCAGGGAGCCUCUCUUGAUCCCAAUCUUGUCCUUAUACAUGGGAGCACUUGUCCGGUGUACCACGCUCUGCCUGGGAUACUACAGGAACAUCCAUGAUGUUAUUCCUGACAGAAGUGGGCCUGAAAUGGGGGGAGAAGCUACAAUAAGGAAGAUGCUGAGUUUCUGGUGGCCUUUGGCAUUAAUUUUGGCAACUCAGCGAAUAAGUAGGCCCAUUGUCAACCUUUUUGUCUCCCGGGACCUAGGUGGCAGUUCUGCAGCCACAGAGGCAGUGGCGAUUUUGACAGCUACAUAUCCAGUGGGACACAUGCCCUAUGGCUGGCUGACAGAGAUCAGAGCUGUGUACCCUGCUUUUGACAAGAAUAACCCCAGCAAUAAACUGGUGAACACCAACAGCACCGUCACAGCCACACAUAUCAAGAAGUUCACUUUUGUCUGCAUGGCGCUGUCCUUAACGCUCUGUUUUGUGAUGUUUUGGACGCCAAACGUGUCAGAGAAGAUUUUAGUUGACAUAAUUGGAGUAGACUUCGCUUUCGCAGAGCUGUGUGUCGUUCCUUUGCGCAUCUUCUCCUUUUUUCCACUUCCAGUGACUGUCAGAGCACACUUGACUGGCUGGCUGAUGACUCUGAAGAAGACAUUUGUGUUGGCACCCAGCUCAGUGCUGCGGAUUAUCGUCCUCAUCACCAGUCUCAUCGUGCUGCCUUACUUGGGAGUUCAUGGAGCCACUCUUGGAGUAGGGUCCCUUCUCGCUGGUUUUGUAGGAGAAUCCACCAUGGUUGCAAUAGCAGCCUGUUACGUCUAUAGGAAACAGAAAAAGAAGAGGAAUGAGAAUGAGACAGCUGCAGAAGGUGAAGACUCUGCAAUGACCGACAUGCCUCACACGGAGGAAAUGACAGACAUCGUAGAAAUGAGAGAAGAGAAUGAAUAAUAAAUGGGAUGCAAUUGUUCUCUGCAGGGACGAUUGGAGUGACGCUUCAGCAUCUUGUCGUCUCUCAUACUUUUUUGUUUGUUCGUUUUUAUUUUUGUAAUAAAGAGGCCUUGAUUUAAAAGGUUUCAGAUAAAUUCUCUAGCAUACUGAGUAUGCUCUCACUGAUGAGGGACCUAAAAAGAGGUCUUUGCUUCUUUUUUCUUUUUUUUUUUUUCCAAUUGAAUUUUUUUUUUCUCACUCCAUGCAAGCAUAAAAGAUACAAUUGCAUCACUGUAGAGUCUUCCUUACUUAUGCAUCCACCUUCUCUGGACAAUCUGCAUUUGUCAACCAAAGCCCUGCUCCUGUGCGCCUGUGUGUGUGCGGACCUGCGCUCGCACGCUCGCACACGCACACCGCCACGUGCCACUGGCUCAGUGCUACUGCCAUAACCCCACUCCCUCCCCUCUCUCCUUUUCCUUCCUUUUCUUUAUGAGAAAUGGAAAAGAAGUUUGGAAUACAGAGCUUUAUUUUACUUGCUUGAAAAUGACUUUGCUACAUAAACUAAUAUACUAUGGUGAACUAUAUCUUUUCGUUUGGCCUCAUCACUAGAGCUUAUACUGCACAGGGUACAAGACAGGGAGGAAUGUGAGAGUCUCCCCAAAAAAAGUGGAGAAAAACAGGUUCCUCUCUCAUGUUGAAAGUGUGUGGAUGUGUAUAUACACACACAGGUACAUGAACAGAGACAUACGUGUAUAUAUAUAUAUAUUUAUAUAUAUAUGCAUUUGAUAAAUAAAAUACACACAUGACAAGAACUCUAUUUAGCUUUCAUUCCAUCAGAAAGAUAGUAAUCUUUUGAAAAAUAUAAACAUUUAAUUCAGAAUUUUCUUGAAUCAUUAAGUCCCACCUUACAUAUAAUUUUCUUUAGGAAAAAAACAUGCACUUUCCUCUUGUGAAGAGGGUGAUGGCAACUGAUAGACUUUGACUGUAUUUGAAUAAAACAAAAAUAAAUAUUGACAAGCUUUACCAAAGUUCUUGUCCACUGACCUAACUUUAAUUUUUAAAGGUUGAUUUGUUCUCUAUAAUUAUUUCUGGUGCCUCUAUAUUAAAAAAGAAUAAGAUCAGAUAACGUAUGCAGGAUACCAUGCUGGAUAACAUUACUAGACAUAGUUCCAUGAAAUUUUUUAUAUGGAGAUGUACACGUACUCAUGGGUGUGUGCAUGUGUAUGUAUGCUUCUAUACACAUGCAUGCACACACAGAGAGAAAUGUAUGUUUUGCUAUAAUGUAUUUACCUAUGCAGUAGAUCAAAAUCCGUGUGGUGAAGCUCAAGUACUGAUGGUCCUCCAAGCUGAAAAUCAGGGGCUUUGAUGAUCUGUUGGCUCUCAAGGCAGCGUUGUGUGGGAGCGAGGAGCCACCCACAUCAGCCCUGCAGAGCUGUGCUUGUGGCUGGAGUGCGCCUUAAAUAACAGCGUGAGGUCGGGUGGGAGACUCAGGUUAGGUGGAAAUGAAGGCUGUGUAAGAGGUGAGGGAAGCAGGGAGGUUUUGGGUGUCACCAAUGCUGCUGUGGCAGCCGUUUGUGUUUCUGUGCUCUUCUGUGUUUGGCUGCGGGGCAGCGCUUGUUACUGGUCUGUAGUAGCUUGGGUCCUUUCAGAUUUAAUCACGUCAGAGUCUGGAAACCAUUAUCCUCCAUCCUAUAUCCAUAAAUCAAUUAAUUUAAACCUUAUUUAGUAAAAGUAUAUUUUUCUAAGUUGUGGAAAUUAUUAUUUAAUUGUGGACAAAUUCUGUUCCUAGAUUUAUUUGCCAGGUAGUCCCAGCAGUCAGAGAACUGAUCAAAAUUAAACAUUACUUUAAAUGUUUUAUCAGUAUAUGUGUAUGUAGACAUACACAUGUGUAUAAAUAUAUAUAUAUAUAUAUUGUAUAUUAUGUACAUUUAUUUUCAACUACAAUACGUUUCCUAUUUUUCCAAGUACAGCUGAAAAUGUCUCUACAAAACUACUGAGUUGACUAGUAACCAGUUAUGGCCAUCAUGGAAGGCAUUGUAUCAAUGAACUUUACAUUUUAUUGGAAAGAUUUGUACCAAUUUGUUACAUAUGCAAAUACAAGGGGAAAAAAAAUUAGAAAUUACUGUGUUGACUGACAGAUUUGCUAAAUCAGUUUACGGUUAAGGAGCAGUGGCACUAGGAGGGUAAGAAUAAAACCAGUAACCAUGUUUGCUGUGUCACCACAGGGUAAAUGCUUUUUGACAACAGAGUAAAACAAAUUCUUUUUAAAAAACCCUCAGACAAAUUAAUGUGUGCAGGAUGGAAACUGUACACAUUCAUGAAUACAGGUUCUCAAACAGUCAUGUGUAAAUAAUGUGUAUAUAGACAGCCACAGAUCACAGCGGCCAUUUGAGGUCUCCUCUAUUCAUGUAGUUUUGGUUUCUCCAGUACAUUUGUCUCCAAGUCCACAAGAUGCAGUUUUUCAGGAACUGUAGAGAUGAAGCAGGAAAAUAUUUUGUGUAACGUGUGUAUUUCUUUUGGUACAUGACUAAAAUUCAGACAACAGUACUUUUGAAGAAUUUUGAGCCUUUCCAGUGUAGGUUUCAAGGUAAUGAUUGCACCAAAAAGUAAAAAUCUGAAAAAGGAUAACACUGAGGCUUGUACUUUAGAUAAAAGAUAAACAAAUUUUAAAAAAUUAAUUAUUGGUUAUACAGAGCUAAACUAAUGGCACUGUAAAAGAUAAAUUUUCAAUUGCGUGUGUAAUACUUACUAGUCCUUUACUUUGCAAGAUACUGAAUGAGCACAGGAGUGGUGGGAUUUGGGCAAGAAUUGAAGCAGUGACAUAAGGACAUGUGCAUUGCAUCUCUUUCUGCUUCCUGCAGGUCAUGUAUUUCUUUACAUUUCUCUGCUGGAUUAACACAAUGUGAUGACAUUUCUGCAGGGAGUGGGUCCCAGCCAGCCCCUCGUGCUGGUCCCGCUGGUGGGCAGGCAGGGUGCUCAGCGAGGAGGGAUUUCUCCCUCUGUCCCUUGCAGACACUGGGGCUGCUUCUGGGACUGUUGGCAGGAGCUUCAGCAACCUGCUGAAAGGUUGUUAGUGGCAAAUUGAGCUGGGCUGGUGAAGCAGCCACUGUGAUGGGCUGCAGGUUGGGGGUGGGCAGACAUCCUCCGUGGCCAAAGCCCCCGUCAGAGCAUCGCUGACAGCGUCUCUGUCAGGUAGGUGCUGGCACAUGCCCUGUGCUGCACUUCUUCCUUUCCAAAAGUACUUCCUUGAGUUUUAGUGCAGUGGCUUAGCUGUGUCUCUCUUGUGCUGUUGCUUACGAAAUGGUUAUCUAUCUCUGUGGUAAUUAUUUUGCAAUAGAAACCCAUCCUGUUUCUGUGUCAGAGAGCUGGAGCACCGUCAUCUCAGUGAAUUCAUGUGGAGACUUGGCCUUUCCAGAAUGCAUUGCACAAUCGAAGUUACAAUAAAAAGAGAAAAAAAAGUCGAUCUGCACCUUACAUCUUGUAUUGCAGAGAGCUCACACAGAGGGAAAUAAGGGCAGCACACCGAUAAGCUGUGGAUCAAUGUUCCUCAGCUUUUAAUAAGUACAUAAAGUUGUGUUCAUGUGUCUUGGGCUUUCCUUUUUCAGAAUUAAGAGAAAACAUUGCAGGUUUUUUCCCCCUCCCUACCCUAAGCAGGCUGUCAGGCUCACCGAGCACAGGACUCCAUGCACAAAGCUCUGCAUCUCUCGGCCGGUGCCCGAAGCCAUGUGGGUGCAGCAGCGUUCCCAGGCGUGGGACAUCGCGCUCCCCAUUCCCCGGGCACAGCCCACGGGAGGGCUCAGAUCCCUGCUUGUUUAGAUAGAGCCGCCCUAAGUGAGAGGAUUGGGUAAGUAACAGAGAAGUCUUUUUGUUUUCUACUCAUUUUGCUGCUAAAUAUUCCCUUUGAGCAGGAGAUUUAUAUCUGGCUCCUGCCCGGUGUUCCACCGAAUCUGCAGCCAGAGAGAAGCAGCCCCAGACGGAGGCUUGGCUGAUGAAUGCAGCUGAUUCAGGGCAGGCCACGGCCCACGAACAGAACCCUUUUGAAGGCAGGAGCGCCUUCUUUUAUGGGAUGGCGCCGCGUGCUUAGAAAGAAGGCAGAAAGGAUGCUUUCAGUCGCGGGCAGCCAGAGGCGUCGGGCAUGGCUUUGUGCUGGGCUGCAGGGUGGCGAGGGGAGCGGAGCAUCCCGCACCUCCGGCAUGCCAGCCCCACUGCUGGAGAGGUGCAGGACACUGUAGGGCACGGCCGGGCGGCAGGAUGGGCUCCGCCUCUCAUGAGGUUGUGGCAUGGUCGGCAGAGGCUGGAGUGCAGCUGGUUGUUUCCUGGGGACAGUGGCAGUAACCCUUGGAAAGCCUUGGAAUUUGUGUAUGGGUGUGUAUAGGAGAGCGCUGCGCAGGCAAGUUUGUUAUGACCUUUGAAUAGUCCCUUGGAACGAGGGCUGAAGUCUAAACAUGAUCUCAGUGUGGGACUAAUACUAAGCCAUUUUUAAAAAUUGCAAUUUAAGCUACACAAAAUAAGAAAUGAGACAGCAGACCUUAUACCAUUAAGCUAAAACAUUAUUUAGAUUAGUGAGCUGGAAUGGGAGAUAAAGAGGACAUGUUAAAAAUUUUACAGAUCUUGUAUAUCCCUCCUAAAGAUAGCAGCAUGGUGUGGAGAGGAGGGAAUCAAAGGGCAGAAAACACCAUUUCCCUUUCAGCUGCCCUGGAGAGGGACUGAGGACGAGGAGCAGUGUGUCUGUGUAACACCACUUCUGAGUGUGUUGGUUUCCCAGUAGAGGAGCCUCCAGAGACAGGAGUGUGAAACACCUUUGAAGAUAACUCAAGCAGCAAUAAACCAGCAUGCAGGUCUUAUAAUGUGCAGGAAGGAGGCACUACGUGUCUUCCAGUUUCUGAGUAACUGACAGGGCUGCGUUGGGGAAAUGUCACUUAAGUAUUAAUUAAACAUGACAAAAUUUUCAUAAUUUUGGUAGCAAAUUGGCACAUCCCAAAUAGCAGCUUAACCAUAAAAUUAUAGGAUUCCCUUCUCUUGUUCAUGUUUGGCUUUCUAUUGAGUACAGCAAACCAUCUAUUUUGAAGGGAGUAAGGUCCUGUGGAGGAGCUGCAGUGCAGAACAGGCUGUGGGGACUUGUGGUAGAGUCCCAGGUAGGAAGAGGAGCUCUGAAUUUGUUCUGUGCCCUGCAACACACUGUAUAGCAGCCUGGCAGCAUCGUGAAACAAGGCAGAAUUGUCAGCUUAGCAGCAAACUGGCUCCAAGCGUGGUGGCAAGCUGCAGCAGCCCUGCAGAGCAGCAGGAGGGCAUGGGAUGCAGGGUAGCCCUGGCUCCAAGCUCGGGCUCAGGCAGUUUAUGUGGAUUUGCUUUGGAGAGCCAAGUUCAAUUGUCAGGGCAUAGAUGCAAUCCUCAGCAAAACCACUGCCAGAUCUCUCAGUAAUUGGCACCCUCUGAACAAAAAGGCCAAAGACAAAGUACGGGGGCAGAGAGAUGGAGCUUUAGGCUCGGCUUGGAGCACAGACUUGCACAGAAGGACAUUUUGGCUGCAGUUCCUGCAAAUUAAUUGUAGGGUUAGAGAAUGAGCUUCAGUCUCUGCAUUUCAUAACCGUGACAUCCAAUCCAUCUCAGUAAAACAGAAGGAUGGCAGUAUAUUUCUAGGUGCUCUUUUGUCUGUAAUCCCGAGGGGAAACUUUUCUUUAGUUUCACCAGACCUUGUCACUGCUCAAAUCAAUUUAUUAGUUUUACCUCAUUAUUUUCUGUCAUUCCAAGUCCAGUGUCUUCAGAUAUUUCCUCAUUUUCUUCUGAAGGUUCCUGCUAGGCUUAUUUUGUCUGUUGGCAUUUUGAGAAGAAAAAUGUAAUCGUCAUGCUGACUGAAUGUCAACUAAUGCUGUGAUUAAAAAGUAGCUUACAACAAAACUCUUCUUUGAUGGACUGUUUUUUACUUCAUAUUUGCUAAGCUGGAAGGGAGAGUCAAGAAGUAGAAGGAAUUGGGGGGAAUCUUUAUCUAAAAUCAAGAAUUAAAUGAGUUAAUUCAAAUUCAUUUCUUAACUCCAGCCACCUUGUGACUUUCUAGGGAAAACCUUUACCCAGACUAUUCCAGCAAAGUUAGCAGUGCAUCCCCAGAGCAGCACAGAAUAGUUUGAGACAUGCAAGUUUUGUAUUUUUCACAACUGAAUGUAUAAUGACUUGAAAAGUCUGAUUAACAGGGGUAAUCCAUUAGGUUAAAAUUCUUCUGGACAUGAGCAGCCUGGUCCAGUAUCAAAGGUGGCCCUGCUUUGAAUGGAGGGGGACUUAGCAAGAAAACUGCCUGCAAUCCCAUUACAACCUAAAUUGUUCUCUGGUUCAACCAGGAACCUAGAGAGGUCCCUUCAUCUUAAGGAACUUAAGACUGCUUGCCUUUUUUUAGGCUUUCAGUUCAGGAUUGAGACACAGUGCCUUAUAGGGGCCUACAAUGUAGAUAUGUGAGCAAAAAUGUUGAGCUGCACAGAUCCUUUUACUGAUGACAAAACUUUGGUAUUGCAGAGCCAGCUUUACAGUACCCUCCCACCCUCUGGGAGUCCACAAGGAGAGCAAAGCAAAAAUAAGCCAUUGUAUCUGCAGAUGAAGUAUUUGAGUACUGUACUGCACUUCUCUCAUUAACUCUCUAAGCAAAACUGCCUGGAAACAGCAAGCAAUUGCACUUAUUACCUGCUCCUCCCACCUUUCUUCAUGUGCAUCAUUCAGCAUUUUAAAAAAAGCUGCCCUUUCCCAUAACUCCCCUUUGUAAUCAAGGUAAUGCAAAGUAAAUACUUACAUUUAUGUAAUAGAAUGGCUUGGCCUAUCUGCAAAUGAGAGCAUAUAAAUCCCCUCUUAGGAAUGGAUGUAAAAAUUGGAGCAGCAGCUUUAUCCAUAAUUCAUUAAAAAACCCACAACAGAAAUGCAAAGAAAAAAAUUGCAGAACUGAAAAAAAUAAAUUAAUUUCAUUAACUUUUAAGGAGACUACUGCCUGGGUGGCAAGUAAGAUGUAUGUGCACAUGCAGAAAACAGCAGAGCCUGGAACUAACGUUCAUUGCUCAAGUUUUUAGUUUGCUCUCCAAAGCAAAUGUAACUCUGCUUUUGUGCCUAUUAGGAUGAACAAAAAAUCCCUCCUAAGCUAUAAGGAAACAAUUGGAAGGUUACAGGCAAUAAAUUAACUGGUUACUUAGAUCAACUGAUUUUAUCCACCAAGUUUGCAGGCACCACAAACUGCAAAAGCAAAAUCUUGAAAAAAGGUAAAGAUACCUAUUUUUGUAGGUGACAUUUCCUUGCUUAUUACCAUCAUAAAGUUUUUCACUUGGUUUAAUAAAAUUAUUUGCAAUAUCUUUGUAUAUUUUUAAAAAGCAAAUGCACAGGAUGCAAGGCUUAACCUGUGUUUCAAAUGGCAGAAACAGCCCCCACUAUCACAGAGGCAAUCAAGCUCAAAUCAUGUCAGGUUUUGAUCUUUCAGAACAUUGCUCUGUCUUCUCCCUUAUUUUAGAUAAUUUAGGUUAUUUUGUGGUGUUACUGCCUCUGCCUUAGUUUUGUGAAGCCCAACACCUGUGGAAGGUUUGUGAUAAGAGACUUGAAGUUGGGAUUGCAAGUAGAGUCAAAGCCCCCUGUGCUGCUUGUGCUGUUUGGCAGGGCAUUUUACCACCACAUGCCUCAGAAAUUCAAAGUGGACUUGACUCUCUCUGGUGGAAUGGCUGAAAAGCAUUUCAUGGAGUUUGGGCAGCACAGCUUAGCAGCAUUCCCUUUGAGAAAGACUUGUUUCCCCUACAUGGGACAGAAAGCUUCUGAGAGUGCCUGAGGAGGAGCACGUGUGAGUGCAGAGGACUGAGUGUGUGCAUGUGGACAGAAGGACAGGUGGCUGCAAACGAAUGAGCUGAAGUGUCUUUUGUAAGCACCCUGCUCUGUGUUACCCUGCAAGGACCUUACUGGAGGGCAAAGAGAGCAAGAAGCCCUUCAUGUAUCAUCUUUAGUGAAAGCUUCUCUGGCACUUAGAGGUUACUGGGCAUCCUAGUAGAUCCCAGUUACUAGAGAAACGCCAACUUUGUAGUGCUAGGAGGGCAGCAGAAAGCAAACUUCACUGCACCUCUUGCAGUGGAGAAGCCAGUGCCACAAAGCCCACUCUCUCCAACUUUGCACACUUGAGCAGGGCCAGCCACAAGAUCAGUCUAGAAGGAAACUACAAACGUUGAGCAGAACCUAAAGUACAGAGCAGCAGCUGAGAACUGUUUUGUCUUGCCAGCAGGAAGUCAUCGUGGAGGAGAACCAGACCGUGCAGCUCCCUGGGUAACUCCCAGGAAGUCUCGGUUCUGAUGCAGUUUCUGAGCAAAGAUAGCUUUGGCCACAUUGUGCAAGAUCAGACUGCACCAUUUGUAACAUGAUACUACAAGCACAGAGAGGGUUCUCCAAUCUCAGAGGGGUGCUAUAAGGAAAACAUUCACUAAUGCUGGUGAAAGAUGCUUGGAUACUACAGGGAACAGUGUCACAGAAAUGCCUAAAAAUACUGAAUUCAUAUUUGCAUGUUCUAAUUGUGCCUUUGGGUUCUCUAAAAUUGACUUGUUUUUAGUUUGAUAGAAAUACUUUUAGAAACGAGCAUGAGAAGUAGUGUCUGGAAGCAGCAUCCUAAAAAAAGGCAACCCAAAAUCUGAAGACUCUUGCUCAGGAAAGAGGGGAAAGGAAGUUUGGGAGCCUCAUCUCUUCCCAGCCUGGCCCUCUGACCAUGGAUUAUUCUGCAGGACAGCACCUUGUUCUGUUCUCAGCAGGCUAACGGCUCUGAAAGAGGCAAAAGCAGUAGCUAGCCACACUUGGCCAAAGCUGUCCUGAGAUUAGGGUCAAUUCUCCAUCAACACACUUCUCUAAAGAAAAGGCCUCAUUUUUCAGUUUGUUCCUAUAAUGUGAAGGUAAGUCUGAGAACUAGAACUAGGCAAAUACGUAUUUCACCUGAGAGGUAUCAGUGGGUUUUAAUUUCUUUCAGAAUAUCUUUCAGCAUCAACAUCAGAUUCUUUCUUAGGAUAAAGCUUUUAUGCAAAGCAGUGUGCCUAAUAGCCAUCCUUGACUACUUAAACAAGUCAAUUUUGCAAGGACUGUAGCUGACAAGCCAGAGCACUGUUUGGAACUACAGUACAGGGAUCCUAGAUUUUAAAUUAAAUGUUACCUCAUGCAUCAUUUUCUAUCAUACUUGUAGAAUUCCAGUUAGUUUAUCUCAAAAUAAAUGUUGCUUUCUGUAAUUUGUACACAUGCUAAAGCUGCUGGUAUGUUUUAUAAUGACUGGUCUGCUUUGCUUUAAACAUGUGGGUUUUCUUUAAAUGAAAAUGAAGGUUAAAACUUUGUACAUUUUUAAAAUGACUGCUAAGGUCAGAAGUAUAAAAGUAUGUCGCAUUAAAAUUGAGUGCUGUUUAUGUAUUUAACAUAGAUGUACGUUUUUUGCAUUGUUAAAAAGAACGUUCCAUGCUUUCUUUGAGGGGGAUCUGUGCUCCAAUAUUGUCUGGUAGCUUUCAUAUUCUAAUUACUUUAAUUAAAGUUCUAACAGUUUGCAUAUGA